AUGCUGAGCUGCUUCUCCACUUUGCGAGGCCGCAGCCUCAGGACCCCAGGCAGAGAAAGUGUCUGUGAAAGACUGAAAAGACGGCUGACACCAUCCAGAUGCCGCAGGCCACACUGCAGCAGCGACACAACUGUAAGUGUCACAGACACCCCAGGGAAGGUCUCCCCGGGAGUGACCACCAGUGAGCUACCAAAGUCAAGGUGCCCCGCUGAAGUCUUCCUACGCCCAAAUACCACUGGCAUAGAAGCUGUGAAGAGCUCAGGGCAAGAAUCACCACGCCCAGAAACACCCAGUCGCUCUGGGCAGGUCUCCCCAGAGCUAGGCACAGAAAACUUAGAGAGUCAAGGUCCAGGGGAGGAGACUGAAGUCAUAGACACCAGCCCCGGAGAGACGCACAGAAUCCUGGUGUACAUCGACCCAGGCCUGGCCUCCGCUACUGGAAACAACAUCACAGAGAGAGAGCUUUGCAGAAUUCCGGCCCCUCUGGUCCGUGCUGGGAGCAGGCCACACUCAUUCACCAAGCCUUUCCUGCACAUUUUUCUGGGCAGCCAACCCGUCUAUGGCCCCUUUUUCCCGGGCACCUCCACCACCCACACCUCUACCCCAUCGGUCCUGAGCUUGGGAAGAGACAUUACGACAGCAUCUUUUGAGAAUUCCAGCUCCUUUGAGGGCUUUUGUGAUAAAGGUCAAGAUGUGUGGUGUUUGGACAAUAAACCUUUCACCACACAUUGGGUAGCGGAAGAAGGAGUCCCAUACACUGUGUCACCUCCGUUAGAGUUAGAAGAGGCCUUGAUGCUCUCUGAGUUAAAGAAAGAUUGUGAGCUCCUAGGUAAUGCAUCACCUUGUAUAGCAGAAUAUCCUAAAGUGCUUUGUCCAGCAGAGGAUACGUCCAUCCGCCACGGAGACGCAGGCCACUGGAGAAAGCUGCAUUAUGCAAAUGGCCACGCUUUUCAAGCCAAAGGCUUCCCCAGGCGAGCUAAGUGCGCUGUCUGCACAGACCGUGUAGGGGGCCUUGGCCGCCAGGUAUAUAAGUGCACCCGCUGUAAACUCUCGGUGCACAAGAAGUGCCACCGACUGGUCACAGUUCAAUGUGGGCAGCGUUCUCUAGCAUCAGAGCCCAUGGUGCUAGGGGCUCCAUCAACCAUGGCUUCCCACCCUGCACAGACAGCGAUCCCACAGAAUCUUUCAAGUCAUGAGGGUUUAGAACAACUUGAUGAAGAGAAUGAGGCAGGGAACACUGGAGAAAGUGGAAAAAUUUCACCUGGUUUAAGUCUUCAGGACUUUGACUUGCUCACCGUGAUUGGCAGAGGAACUUAUGGGAAAGUACUGUUGGUUCAGCUGAAAAAAUAAGAUCCUACUUAUGCGAUGAAAGCAGUGAAAAAAGAGCUCAUCCACACUGAUCGGGUAUGGACAGAGAAGCACAUUUUACAGCAGGCAUCUCAUUGUCCAUUUCUAGUUGGACUGCAUUCCUGCUUCCAGACAGAAAGCAGACUGUUCUUUCUUCUAGACUAUGUAAAUGGUGGAGAUCUGAUGUUUCAUAGGCAGCAACAAAGAAUACUUCCUGAAGAACAUGCCAGGUUUUACUCUGCAGAAAUCAGUUUAGCAUUCAACUAUCUCCAUCAGCGAGGGAUACUGUACAGAAAUUUGAAACUGGACAAUUUAUUACUCGACUCUUAAGGGCACAUUGAACUCGUUGAUUACUGCAUGUGUAAGCAAGGCUUAGAGCCAGGAGACACGACCAGCAUUUGCUGUGGUGCUCCUAAUUACCUGGCUCCAGAAAUUAUAAGAGGGGAAGAGUGUGGCUUCAGUUUGGACUGGUGGACUCUUGGAGUGCUGUUGUAUGAGAUGAUGGUUGGGGAGUCUCCAUUCCGUUUUGUGAAGAGCUCUGACAACCCUGACCAAAAUGCAAACAAGAAUCUCCUGGAAGUUAUUUUGGAAAGAACCAUUCACUUACCUCCUUAUUUGUCCAUAAAAGCUGCAACUGUUCUGAAGAGUUUUCUGAACAGGGACCCAGUGGAACGAGUGGGUUGCUGUCCUCAAAGGGGAUUUGCUGAUGUCCAGGGACAUCCAUUUUUUCAAAACCUUAACUGGGAGAUGAUGGAGCGAAAGCAGGUGGUGCCUCCCUUUAAACCAAAUAUGUCUGGGGGAAUUGGUUUGGACAAUUUUGAUCCUCAAUUUGCUGAUGAACCUGUCCAGCUCACCCCAGAUGAUAAUGACAUCGUGAGGAAGACUGAUGGAUGUGAAUUUGCAGGUUUUGAGUAUAUUAAUCGUCCUACGAUGUAUGAAGAAGAAUGGGUCUGA